UCAACCAGACUCCCAGAAAUCAUGUUGGUAGGAUCUCAGUCAUUCUCCCCUGGAGGUCCCAAUGGGAUUAUUAGAAGCCAGUCCUUUGCUGGUUUCAGUGGUCUUCAAGAAAGGCGAUCCAGGUGUAAUUCCUUCAUUGAAAAUACUUCAGCACUCAAGAAGCCUCAGGCCAAACUGAAGAAGAUGCACAAUUUAGGAUACAAAACCAAUGGCCCUCCUAAAGAGCCUCAGCCUAAAAGGGUGGAAGAGGUCUACCGGUUCCUAAAGAAUGGACUUGAUGAGUAUCUGGAGUUCCAUCAGACAGAGUUGGACAAGUUGACUGCUCAGCUAAAAGACAUGAGAAGAAACUCUCGCCUGGGUGUUCUAUAUGACUUAGACAAGCAAAUCAAAACAAUCGAAAGAUACAUAAGACGACUGGAGUUUCACAUUAGUAAGGUGGAUGAACUCUAUGAAGCUUAUUGUAUCCAAAGACGACUCCAAGAUGGUGCUAGCAAAAUGAAGCAAGCAUUUGCCACCUCCCCAGCCAGCAAAGCCGCCAAAGAGAGUUUAUCUGAAAUUAACAGGAGCUACAAGGAAUAUACGGAGAAUAUGUGCACAAUCGAGGCAGAGCUGGAACAGCUUCUAGGAGAGUUUUCCAUCAAGAUGAAAGAACUGAGAAAUGGGCACAUGAUUGGCAUAGUGAUUGGGAGCACAGGUAUUUUCAUGAAGUAUGGCAGGCAGCGUUGGAAACUAAAAGGCAAAAUAGAGGUGAAUGGCAAACAGAGCUGGGACGGAGAAGAAAUGGUUUUCCUGCCUUUGAUAGCUGGAUUAAUUUCCAUUAAGGUCACAGAACUUAAAGGACUUGCAACUCAUAUCCUGGUGGGAAGUGUCACCUGUGAGACAAAAGACCUUUUUGCAGCCCGGCCUCAGGUGGUAGCUGUUGACAUCAAUGAUCUUGGCACCAUCAAAUUAAAUUUGGAAAUCACUUGGUAUCCGUUUGAUGUGGAGGACAUAACCUCAUCUACAGGCACUGGGAAUAAGGCCUCAGCUCUCCAGAGGAGGAUGUCCAUGUACAGCCAAGGCACUCCAGAAACCCCUACCUUCAAGGAUCACUCGUUUUUUAAGUGGCUGCAUCCUUCACCAUUCAAGCCCCGGAGGUUAGCAGUCUUAAGUGCCUUACACGAUACGUUCUUGGCCAAGCUUCAGCGCAGCCGUUCAUUCAGUGACCUGCCCUCCCUCAGACUGAACCCCAAAGCAGUGCUAGAUCUUUAUUCUAAUCUACCUGAUGAUAUCUUUGAAAAUGGAAUGGCAGUUGAGGAAAAAAGACCCCUGUCUCUCAGUUUUUUUGACUUGCCCAAUGGUGAUUGUGCCUCAUCUUCUAAAUCAACUGGUUCUUCUACUAACAUUGGUCAGUCUAAUCCAGAAAUCACCGUCACCCCAGCAGAAAAUCACCAUAGCAAUCUAGCCUCCCAGAUCUUCCCUGGGGAAGACAUAGAACCAGGCUCUUUCAGGAAUUCCACAGCAGAAGUCCAGGACCCAAAGCUACUACCAGAGCACACAGAAGAGAACCAGAAAGCCUCCCCGGUUGCUUCUGAAGUGUGCCAACAAACACCGGGUCCAGGGGGUGACAACCUGUUCCUGCAAAAUAAUGUCGCUGUGUCACUUCUGCAAGAUUCAGAUGAGGCAUCUGAGCUUAAACCUGUGGAACUGGACACCUUUGAAGGAAACAUCACCAAACAACUUGUCAAGAGGCUCACCUCAACAGAGGUGCCAGUGAUCCCUGAGAGGCUUCCAUUUGAGGGCUCAGUCAGUGGAGAAUCAGAAGGCUGUAGAUCCUUCCUAGAUGGGAGCUUAGAGGAAGCUUUUCAGGGGCUUUUCCUAGCACUAGAACCCCAUAAAGAGCAAUAUAAAGAGUUCCAGGAUCUGAAUCAAGAGGUGAUGCACCUGGAUGAUGUUCUUAAAUGCAAGCCAGGAGGAAGCCGCAGCCGGUCUUCCAGUUUAAGUCUUACAGUUGAGAGUGCUUUAGAAAGCUUUGAUUUCCUGAACACCUCUGACUUUGAUGAGGAGGAGGAUGGUGAGGAGGUUUGUAAUGUUGGAGGAGGUGCUGACUCAGUAUUUUCAGACACUGAGACUGAGAAAAAUAGUUACAGAUCGAUUCACCCUGAAGCCAGGGGGCAUCCUAGUGAAGCGCUGACAGAAGACACGGGAGUCGGUACCAGUGUAGCGGGAAGUCCUCUUCCCCUGACCACAGGAAACGAAAGCCUUGACAUCACCAUAGUUAGGCAUUUGCAAUACUGUACCCAGCUCAUCCAGCAAAUUGUGUUCUCAAGCAAAACUCCAUUAAUAGCAAGAAAUCUCUUAGAGAAGCUCUCUGGACAAGUCCAAGUGAUGGAAAAACUUGCAGCUGUCAGUGAUGAAAACAUGGGGAAUAUCAGCUCUGUCAUAGAAGCUAUCCCAGAAUUCCAUAAAAAGUUGUCACUCCUAUCUUUUUGGACAAAGUGUUGCAGUCCCGUAGGUGUCUACCACACCUCAGUUGACAGGGUAAUGAAGCAGCUUGAGGUCAACUUUGCCAGAACUGUCAACAAAGAACACCCAGGACUUGCAGAAACAGCAUUUCGAACUCUGGUGUGUCGAAUUCUGGAUCGGGCUGAGCCUCUGCUUUCCUCCAGUCUCUCCUCUGAGAUCAUCACCGUUUUUCAGUAUUAUCAUUACUUUGCCCUGAAUGGUGUGAGUGACCUUGAGGGUUACCUAAUUCAUUUGGCUAAGCAAGCCUCCAUGGUUCAAAUUCUCCAGUCAUUAAGAGAUGAAAAACUACUACAGAACAUGACAGAUCUCACAGCCAACAACCUCCCAGUCCAGCAGGAAGUGCUUCGAUCCCUAGCUUUUCUUCUAACUGAAAACAAUGAUGAGAUUAGUCAAGCUGUGACCCUGUAUUUGGCAGCAGCAUCCAAAAACAAGCAUUUCAGGGAAAAGGCCUUAUUGUACUACUGCGAGGCCCUGACAGAGACAAACCUCCACCUUCAGAAAGCAGCAUGUAUGGCACUGAAGAGCCUUGAGGCUACUGAAAGCAUUAAAAUGCUCGUGAGUCUGUGCCAGUCUGAUAAUGAAGAGAUCAGAAAUGUGGCAUCUGAAACCCUCCUCUCUCUUGGAGAAGACGGACGGCUAGCAUAUGAGCAGCUGGAUCAGUUUCCUCGAGACUGCGUGAAGAUUGGAGGUCGUUAUGGAAAUGAAGUUGCCACGGCUUUCUAA